CUUCGUUUCCUUUUGGUUUCUUCUCUCUCUCUCUCUCUCUCUCUCUGUUUGAUGUCAACCAGUAAGCUAUCUUAAAUUUCCUAGUGUUUUUUCGAGUAUGGGAAGUCAAAAUUUUGUUGUAAAUGGAGGGAUCAAAAUGCCAAUCGGCUUCAGAUUCCAUCCCACAGAUGAAGAGCUUGUGGUUCAUUACUUGAAGAGAAAAGCAUUAUGUCUCCCUUUACCAGCUUCUGUCAUUCCUGAGUUCGAUGUUCUCCAGACUGAUCCUUGGAGAUUGCCAGGCGAUUGGAAAGAAAAUAAGUACUUUUUUAGCACCAGAAAAGAUAAUGACGGUACCAAAAGAUGCAAGAGAGUAGCUGGUUCUGGUUACUGGAAGCCUAUAGGCAAGGAGAAGCCAAUUUUAGCUUCUGGAACAACCAAUGUAGUAGUUGGGAUGAGAAAAGCUUUGAUCUUCUGUGAAAGCAAGUGUUCUAAUGGGACCGAGAAUCGAUGGCUGAUUCACCAGUAUCGGCUGGUUGACUCAGUUGCAACUCUUGAUUCAUCUCAGAUUUCCAUUGGAGAUUGGUUAGUCUUCCGAGUGUUUCAGGGGAAGAGAAACAGAAGAGCUAAAAAACAAGGUCUCAUUUCUAAAAAGACAACUAGUGCAGUUAACAUGUCAUGUUGUAUCGAUUUUACUGUGGAAGACAGCUUAGUGUUUGGUCCUCCUCAACCUACUUCACCAAGUUCAACCGAGGAAGGAAACAAUUAUUGCUUCAGUAUCUAAGCUUUUGCAAGUGAAAAAAUGAUCAAAAGUAGAUAAAUACUAUGAAACAAAUGCAUAUGAAAUGGAAAGCAUCCGAGUAAAGAAGGGUUGUGCAGCAUCUAAUCAUAGCAUCGUGUAUAUCAAUGGUGAUUGGAGGCACAUGGGGUGAGGGGUGGGGGGCUGAUAUUCUGCCCUACAUGGCUACAGCUGAAGAAUUCAAUGCUCUUGUAAACUAGGCUUCCAUUGAUCGAAUCUGUGCUACUUUUUUUAGGCUUUUUUAAUUAUUCUCAGUGUUUCUGAGGCUUUUCAGGCCACACUUGGAAAGUUGAAGAGAUUCUCUCACCAUCUUUUAAUUCCAUGCCAUUUUGUAUGGAAUUUUGUGUUACGCUAAGAAAUGGUUCUGUUGUAUUA